AUGGCGCCCCAACUCUUUCCCACGAAUCCGGACGAUGUCAUGGUAAUCCGAAAUGUCACGUCCAAUGUCAUUACUAUGAGCUUACCUUUUGCGCGAUUUGGGCGAUUGAAAUUCGGCGGACGAGGAACACUUGUGCGAAUGUCAACAGGCUCCCUGGCAGUUUUCUCUCCCGUAAGCCUGACCCCCGCAGUCCAGGAGACGAUAUCCGGCCUAGGUGGGAGAGUCAAAUACAUCGCAGCGCUUGAUAUGGAACAUCACAUCCACCUAACGGCAUGGAAGAAUGCCUUUCCAGAUGCGGAUAUCAUUGCCCCCGAAGGAUUAUAUGAGAAGAGACAGUCCGUCCCCGAAUACAAGGAUACGCCAUUCAAACACAUCCUUAAGAAAGAGAACAAAGAAAGUGGGUGGCCUAUUUCCGAGGAAUUCAACCAGGAGUUCGACACCGAAUACGUAUACGGACACGGGUCCAAGGAACUGGUGUUCCUGCAUAAACCCUCGUGUACAUUGAUUGAGGCGGACCUACUGUUCAAUCUCCCUGCGCGUGAACAGUAUUCCAAAACCGGGGAGGAUGCGACGUCGGGAAUUCUUACGAAGCUUGUCCAGCCAUUGUUAUCUACGGCCCCGCCGGCGACGAUGCAGAAGAGGUUUGCGUGGUAUAUCUUAUCGAAGGAGGAUCGGGGGGCGUUUACGGAGUCGAUACGCAGGAUCGAUAAGUGGGAGUUUAAUCGGCUGAUUCCGUGCCAUGGAGAUGUGAUUGAGAGUGGCGCGAAGGGAGUAUUUAGGACGGUAUUUGAGUGGUUCUUGCAGCGCUAA